AAAUAAUGGUCCACUUUGUAUGUCCACAAGUAAUCAGUAUUCAACAAAUACUGUUUUGGUCUUAUUCAUUUGGUUGGGAGUUAUAUUUAAAAAGAGGACUUGGUAAACAGGACAGAGAGAGUAACCUCAUUGUUGCCUUGAGUACACAUCAUUUUGUUAGUGUUUGAUAAUAUCAACACUUCCCUCUCCAUGCUUGGACCACCAAAUUAAGAAGCUUUGGAUAGAUUCAAUGCUCUCCUCUCUCUUUAACCUCUCUCUCCCAUUCCCAUUCUGAUCUCACCAAGAAAACAAUCUCAAAAGCUCACUCUCUUUAUCAGCAUCCCAUAUAUUUAUAGUUCCAUCUCUCUCCCAAACACCAAAGAAGACAAAAGGGAAACAUGGGCAAUGAAUACAAUCGUUUCCACCACCAAGGCCUGCAUCUCUAUUCAAGAACUACAUUCUUGCCCAUUUUAUGUUCAAGAACUUCCAUGAAAGAUGUGGCAAUACUUCCGAAAUGGGAAGAUCGCUCGGUGUCCUCUGACGAUCCUUUGUCCCCGAAAAUCGGUUGCAUGGGUCAGGUCAAGAGGAACAACAGAGUUGUUGGCUUCCCUACCUCUCAAAAACUCACUCUCACCACCAAACAUAAUGCUAACAGCAGCAGCAGCAGCAACAGCAACGACUCUGUCAAGUACUCCAAGCUCAUGAAACUCUUCUCUUGUAAAAGCCUUGCCGCAACCACUACUGCCACCACUGUCACCGCCCCGGCCACCACUGUAAGAUGUCGAAGCCGGAGACGAGUGAACAUGAGUGGUGCAAUUGGGCGCAAGAGUAAUCAUAGUAGCGAGAACCGUGUUUCUACUAGCAUCGUUGAUUUGGAUCCUCCAUUACCGGUGAUCAAGCGGGUGCAAAAACCUCAAGGAGAGGAAGUGGACAAUCUUUGGAAGAGGAGAUCUGGUGGGGUAGCACUGAAAACUCUACAGCUUCAACAGAUUCAUCAUCCUAAGCAUCAUCUUCAACCUACCACUGUUUGACGAUAAAACUUCAAUGGAAGAUGAGAUAGAUAUAUGAUGCCUAAGAAAGGAAAAAUUAUGUAAAUGUAAAUGUAAAUGUUUUUGGUCUUAUUUUCCAAUAUGGAAUAUUGUUUGAUUCUGUGUGCACAGUUUGCUGCUGCUGAUCAUGAUCUAUGUCAUAACUGUUCUAAUGUAGAUCCAGGCUUUUGUUGACAUAAUAAAUGAGAAAAGUCACCAUAUAUAAGAUCCUCCUGCA